UCAGGCCGGAGCCAGCAGAGUGCCAUGGCCGCCCAGGCCCAGCUUGAAGCCCUAGAUGAAAAGACGGCUCGUGGCAAGAUCGAGUCUCGUUCAGAGAGGAACAUGUUCAAGAUGACUGGACAGAUUCCACCUACGCCGACUACAGGUCCUGUAGACGAAGACAAGGUCUAUAUCAGAACAGAAGAUCUACGAUCACACUGCCGGGCCGCGAAUAGCGAAACACAGCCAGAGCAGGACGAGCUGGCGAAGAGCCCCAAAAGAAAACUCUUCCACAACAUCCGUAACCCGUUCUCUAAGUCGUCUGGCUCUGCAGCUCCACCUUCGAUCCCUUCCAAAGCCGCACAAGUACUGGGCACAGCAACGCGACAGCCGCGUACCAUUCAAGCCCGUCCAAUCAAGCCAGCACUUUCUGUCCAGCAGAUACCUGCAAAGUCGUCUCGGCCCGAGACUGCAAAGUCACUGCCUGCAAAGAUUGCCGACCCCGACAGACAUGCUCAUCGUCACCACAGUGGAACGUCACGACGGUCUCGUCAGAGUGGACGUGUCUCACCUGGUCGAGACGGCUUGAGGAAGCAAGCGUCUGAUGCCGAGAACAAUCCGCCAAUGCCUGCGUCCAGCACGUCGUCGGAUUCUAUAGUUCCACCGACACCGCCUGCCAAGGACACUCCUCCGGGUCAGAGGCCUGCUAGCCCGCUGCGUAGGGUGGCUCCAGCUCAGGAUCUCCGUCAGCGAUAUGACAUUCCUGGUGGGGAAGGCAUGCAGUUGCACAUCCCAGCCCUCAAACCGACUCCAUCGCCGCUCAUGGAUGUCCUUCCUAGACAAGGCGGCGCGAGUCCGACAAAGUCGCACCCCUAUAGCGCACAGGAUUAUACGAAGCCUACAGUAGGCGACGUGCUGCAGUGGCCUUUCCCAGAGCGCACCGAUUCGCCGGGCAAGACAGAGGGCAGGCGCAGUGAGCCCUUGGAAGGCGCGACUCUCGAGGCGCUGCACCUUCCUCGUCCGGACAGCAAGAGCCAGGACCAUCCGAGCAGCGUCCUAGAGCAUAACAACUACUGCCCGCUCCAGCCUCGCUUCUACUCGCCAAAGCACCUCGCUGCAUACGGUUUUCGCGAGGGGGAGACGCCGUCCAAGAAUACCGACCAAAGCCGGCUGCUAUACUCUGUACCUUCAAAGUCGACAUCCAACCAGCAUCAACGCGAAGACUCAACCGAAGGCUCCAUCAAGAUGAUCUUCCAAGGCGACCCAGGCGACAUCGACCCCAACUCUCCCACUGCGCGAGAGCUGGAGCUGAGCAAACAGCGUGGCAUCGACACGCAACUGACGACGCGUGUGAUGCAAGAGCUUCGUAUCAACGACCAGUGCGAGUCCUCGGCACAGAACAAUGGCCAUAGCAACCACCCCCACGCCGACCAAUCUUCGUCGCGGCUCACUGACAUGUUGAACACGGCCAGCCCUGGUAGAAGCGAGUCACACGGCGACUUCCGACCCCAUUGCCCUAGUGCUGUUCCCAGCCCGCUGCACAGAGCGCCAGUACUCGUACCCGCGGCGCGGGCGAUUGCGCCUCCCAGCAGUUCGUUCGGUCCCUUUCCGCCGCCACUUGCGCCCAAGAGCAUCGACGAUCACUUCUUCAUGACGAAUGAGCAUCUGGAUGUGGUGGGCAAAACGACGUGGGAUCUUUUGGAAAUGUUCAACAAGCAGCAAAAGUCUGUGUCCAAGGCGAGGCACGACCAAUUGGCGGCGCUGAUCAGCAAGCACUCUGAUGAGAUGAGGUCUUGGUUCGACGCGGUCAAGGAGAACACGAGUCAAAUAGCCGAAUGCAUGGACCGUGUGGAUGGUAUGGUGAGCAGCCAGGGCAAUGUGUACGCCACGCUGGAGACUCUCAAGGAUAGCGUCGAGGAGGGCAUUCCCAAGAUGCUGACGGAGCAAGAGAAGAAGAUGGCAAGCAUGGAAGCCGAAGUCAAGGAGCUGAAGCAGAUGGUGCAGGCUUUGCACAAGUCGUCGGAGCAGAAGGCGAGCGAGGCCAAGACGGGUGGAUACGGUGCUGGUGCUGGCCAGGGCAACAGCCCCAAUAAGGGCUAUGGCCAGGGCUUUGGUGGUUAUCUUGGUGCUGGCCCCGAGGCCAUCAACUUGCACGACAAUCGCGGUCCAGCGUCUCCUCCCGAGAGCCAGAACGACAGUCAUGUUGGCUAUCAGAACGGUUCUCAGUGGGGAGGACGAUCGGGUUAUCUGGGCCGCAAUAACAAAGAAGAGCGCCCGCUGUACCCAACGAACCCUUACCACUUUGCCAAUGGAGGUGGCCACUUCACGACGGGAUACUCUGGUAGCUACUCGCCGUUCAACUACUCGCCGAACGCUCCCGACCAACAGUACCCGUUCAACAACCAUGGACAGGCAAAGUGA